AACAUACAGAGUUAUUUUCAUUAUUUCGUCUGCCGUUUUUUCUAUAUCUUCAAGAAACCACGAAACCCCGUAUCAGUUUUCCCGUUUCUCCCCCCCUUUAAGAAACGGUACCAUUUCAGCAGCGUGUUAUGUCUUAACCCAUUAGUUUUCUAGUGAUGAAAAAUUGUACGGGCAUUAAUUACAAUAAUCAUCAUUCCUGAUUUUGUUUUCUGAGUGAUCAGAAAACACUGAAGAAUGCCUGCAGAAUCUGAAAAAUGGGGAUGGAAACAUGUAAGUGUGUUUGGAGGUUUUGAUAGAGGGAGUGGUACAAAGAGGUGGACAUGCAACCAUUGCAAUCAACGUUACAAUGGGUCUUAUUCCCGGGUUAGAGCACAUCUUCUUGGUUACAAUGGGUUAGGUGUCAAGCCUUGUCCUGCAAUUGACAAUUCUGUAAGAGAAACAUUCACCAUGUUUGACAAGGACCGCGUAGCUAACAAGCUUAUGAAGAAGAAGAAUAAAGGAACUUGUUCUAUGAGAAACCAUCAAACUGACUAUGUAGAUGAUGUUGUUGCAAGGUUUUUUUAUGUAGAUGGGUUGAAUGUAAAUGCUGUGAAUUCUGCUUACUUUAGGGAAAUGGUAAGAACAGUAGGUGCUUUUGGACCUACUUAUGAGCUCCCUUCAAUGGAGAAUUUAUCGAGUACUUUGCUGAGUAAAGAAAAACUGAGACUAGAUAGAGCCUUGACAUUAGCUAGAGAAUCAUGGCCUAACACAGGAUGUACAAUACUGUGUGUGAAUCGUUUAGAUGGCUCACUCGGAUGCUUCUGUGUUAACUUCUUUGUUGCGAGUCCUAGAGGUGUCAUGUUCUUGAAGGAGGUUGACAUCAUUGAAGGAGAUGUACCUGAUAAUUUGUUCAUUGAUGAACUUACCAAUGUGAUUGCUGAGGUGAAUCCCUCGAAUGUGUUUCAGGUUAUAACUCGUAUAGGUGGUCAAGUUAGUGAUGUUUUUGAAUCAGUGAUAUUGUCUAAGUUCCCUAAUAUAUUCUGGUCUCAUUGCACUUCACAUUCUGUUCUUUUGCUGAUGGAGGAGAUGGCUGAUCUUGAUUGGGUGAAGGAAGUAGUUUCGGGUGCUAGAGAGAUUGAAAAGUGUGUUUCUGAUUUUCAAACUUCUUCUUCUACUUGCACUGAUAUAGAUAUUAAGGGAUCUACUGACAAAGUCUCACAGAAGUACGCGCCUUCUUUUUUAUUGGUGAGGAAAAUUCUCGACAUCAAAUCAACUUUGUGUGAGUUGGUUGUUAGAGAAGAGUGGAAGCAAUGGAGACUCGGGAAUGCUCUGGAGUUCGGGUUCAAUGUUGAAGAAAUCAUAGCAAGGGAAACUUUUUGGGAUAGGGCAAACUUAAUGGUAGAAGUGUUUGAACCAUUCAUGAGACUUCUUGCAACAUUUGAUGUUGAUAAGUCUAUCAUGGGAGAUGUUUACAAUUGGCAGGUUUUAUCACUAGAAGCCUUGAGGAAUAAAGGAGUAAAAGAUGAACUGUUGUCAAAUCAGGUAGAAAUGCUGGUAGAAAACAGAUGGGAUAAGUUAUUUUCUCCACUUCAUGGAGUAGCUUAUAUGUUGCACCCUAAAUAUUAUGGGAACGGACAGUGCAAUAACAAGUCUCUAAUGAGGGCUUGGAACGCGACACUUGAGAGAUACGAGGGUGGGUUCGAGGCUAGGAGAGUACUUAGAGAAGAGCUAGGUGUUUACUGGAGAGCAGAGGUGUGUUUUGGAGAAGAGGAUGCUGCUGAAUGUAGAAAUAACAUGGAUCCAGUUACAUGGUGGGAGAAUUUUGGGUUUGAGACACCACGUUUACAGACAUUAGCCAUUAAGAUUCUGAGUCAGAUUCCUAGUGCAGCUAUCAUGUGUGAGGAAAGCUGGCAACUUUGUGAUAGUAUGCCAUGUAGGGAGGCUGUGGAAAAGCUCGGGUUUGGAUCUGAUCAAGCUAAGGAUUUCGUGUUUGUGAGGAAUAAUCUGAAACUUCAGGCUCUCAGGCAUCGGAAAGUGGGCAGUCAAUCUGGUUCAGGGUGUGGGAAUUGGGGCAUUUGUUGCUGAAGUUGUAUUACUUGUAGAUGCUGAAAUUUGUUGGUUAAUCUAGUUCUUGAUGUAAAUGCUAUGUGUGAUAUACAAGCCUCCUUUUCACCACA